GAGAAAAAAAGAGACAGAGUGAGUGGGUGUGUUGAGACAUGGGCACAGCGGAUGGCUCUACCUGUUGCACAGUAAGGCGUGUUCAAUAAAUCUUUUACCCAGGAUACUGCAGACGAUUGGUUCCAAAGUUCAAGGGUAAAAUAUCCAGGAGCAUAGCGCACGGCGACAACCAGGAGAGGACCAGUCAAAGAGAAGUGUCAAGGAAUAAACACAGUCGUAACAAAACAUGGCUGAGAGCGCAAGUCCAAAGGGCAGCUCUGGUGACUUUGCUAAAAAAGUCCAAAGGCAGCUGAGCAGAAGCAAAGAAAAGGUGCUGCAAAAGCUGGGGAAGACAGUGGAGAGCAAAGACGACCAGUUUGAACAUUUUCUCCAGCAGUUUAAUGACCAGCAGACUGAUGGGAACCGGAUAUACAAGGAUAUGAGGAACUACAUCAAUGCAGUGAGAGACAUGCGUGAAGCUUCGAGGCGCCUUUCCCAGUCUCUGUAUGAUGCUUAUGAAACUGACUGGGCUGGAGAGGAAGAUUUAGGAGCCAUUGUAGAGGGAGAGGACCUCCUGUGGAAUGACUUGGAGGUGAAGCUAUUAGACCAGGCCGUACGCACCAUGGAGUCCUACGUGAGCCAAUUCCCAGAUGUCAGGGAGAAAGUAGCAAAGAGGGGAAGAAAACUGGUGGACUACGACUCUUCCCUUCACCACCUGGAGGCACUGCAGACUGCUAAGAAGAGGGAUGAUGUCAAGAUAAACAAGGCAGAAGAGGAGAUGAAUGCUGCCAAAAGUGUCUACGAAGGCAUCAACACUGAGUUAAAAGAGGAGCUGCCUGUGCUCUAUGAAAGCCGUAUUGGAUGCUUUGUGACAGUCUUCUCAGCUGUGUCAAGUUUACGAGACAUCUUCUACAAGGAAAUGAGUACGCUCAACCUUGAUCUACAGAACGUGAUAAAAGAGCUGCAGGCUCAGCAUCCGGACAAAGUGUUUGCUCUGAAGGGAAUGCAGCGGUAUGGCUCCCUCAAGAGACGAACUCUGAUGUCCCCUAAGGCCUGGAAAUCCAGCUUCUCUGAUUUCCACAAGAGCUACAGUCCUAGACCGAGCCAGAGGUUUAGCUUCAGGUCCCCGGACAAACCUCGCCACAGCACUCUGUCCAGAGAGAGCAGCAUCCUUGCAGUCACCCCACAGCCACCUCUUCCGGAGGACCCCGUCUCUGAGUCCAGGGACCUGAAUGCAGGAUCGAGCCACAGUGAGACCCCCAGUUCUCCUGCACAAGAAGACGCUGCAGCUGGAAAUGAGCUGAACUCAGGAGAAGGCAGCAACCAGGUGGAAGAGGAGAAGGGCAGGAAAGAAGAGGAGUCUGAGCCUAAGCCUCCUGCAGAAUCUGAAAAUAAGGGAGACGGUGAGAAAGCUCCACCGAGUGACAGCAGCUCUGAACUGAACAACUCCUGUGAUUCCGUGAGCUUGGAGAUUCAGCUGUCUGCAGCAGAUGACGGCCCGCUGCACAUUGAAGAGGACAACCUCGACACUCCUAAACCAAACGGGCUGGAGAAUGGUGAAGUUUCUGGGUUGAAGUCUGACACCAAGGACCUGAGCAUUCCUUACAAGGAUGCUCCUGCAGAAACACAGGCAUCUCCGGACUCAAAAAGCACAGAUGUUUAGCGUAUUAAAACUCUAGGUUUGUAUGUUUUUCAUGAAAAAUCUGUCACAUAUGAUCAAUACUCUUAUUCCGUUCUGUCUUGUUUCUGUAUUUGACUGAGCUUUUUAUAAAUCUGUGUCUGCCAUGUGUUGAUUUAACCAGAGAAGUGCAGGAGAGAUUGACAUCAACAGCUGCACAAGAGAAAAAAUGUGGAGACAGCCGCACUGAAGUGUCCAUGUGUGGGGGGAAUGAAUGAUGGACUGUGCAUUGACAUGUUGGAGUUAGUUUUCUUAUUUAUCUUUUAUUGAAAUCAGUGCAGAGUAUGGGUAAAGUCAUAUUUGUCUGACAGCCACAAGUAUCCCUUUAAAAGUAUAGAUACAUGACAGGAGGACCAGACUUAAUCCCGCAGAUUUUAUUAUAUUCUGCAUCAAACAUUUUAAAAUCAGAGUAGUUUUUUAUAUGUGUAUGAACAUAAUGAAAUGCGCUGACAGGUUUACAUUGUAAGAAAACUUUCUUACUGACUGCAGUAUGGUCACCGUGUGCAGAUGUACUGUGCUGUGAACUUCAUUUCCCAUUUCAAUUUGAAUUAAAUGUAAGUAUGUUUGAUCUUUUUCAUGCACAAAACAUGAACAUGUUAAUUACUGUAGACAUACACUGAUGAUAAACUCCUUGUAAUUACAAACAAUGAUCAUAUUUUGUAUCGCGUUUAUGCUAAUUUGUUGAAUAUGCAUACGUAGACAUACAGAAACAAUCAUGAAAUGUGUACACAAUAAAUCCCUCUGUCUUGUUUAAUUUAAUUUUAAAUAAGGUGUCAACAGCUGUGGUUUCUUCUCUGCUAGUGGAGGUCAUAAAAUGACAGGGACAAAAACAGUGAGCUCUCACUUGGCCCAGAUUUCCAAGCUGACUUCACUGUGAACUCAACAUGACCUACAUUAAUGGAGAAGCGGAGAGAUAUGACUUCCUGCUUUUAAAGUCAUUAAUCUAAAACGUUUAAAAAAGUAAUUGGGACCAAAUGUCUAAAUAAAACACAGUUGAAUUCCAGAGUUUAAAUGUUGGGAAUAGUCUGGCUAUGAGGGGUCAGCCUUUACUGGAAUAUGUAGUUAGAUUAUAGAAAAUGUGCUUUAUUUAUUAUAAGAAAAAGACAUUAUGUGAACUUCCUGUAAUGUGUUGUGGUCAGCUGAACCCAGUGUCUCUCACUUCCUGAACCGGAACAAGGAUUUUUAUUAUGGUUACAAUCAGGAUGCAGAAACCACUUGCUGAUUUUUCAGAGUUUAUAGGUGCUUCUGAAAUAUGAUCUCAAAUGUGGCACUGAUACCUCCUGUCCACCAAAUGAGCACCGGUUCUUGAACUGAUGACGCUUAAUCAUUGUCAUCAAGCUGAGCCAGAAGGCAAAGCUUUCGAUUUAUUGGUCCAUCUACGUCCCAAUCCUCACCUAUGGUCAUGAGCUCUGGGUAGUGACUGAAAGAAUGAGAUCGCGGAAACAAGCGUUUUCCAUCGUAGGGUGCUCUGGGCUCAGCCUUGGAGAUAGGAUAGGGUAAGGAGCUCGGACAUCCAGAGUAGAGCCACUGCUCCUUCGAGUCGAAAGGGGUCAGUUGAGGUGGUUCGGGCACCUGAUCAGGAUGCCUCCUAGGCGCUCCCAUUUGAGGUAUUCCAGCCCCGGGGCAGACCCAGAACACGCUGGAGGGAUUACAUAUCUCAUCUGGUCUGGGAAAGCCUCAGGGUCCCCCAGGAGGAGCAGGAAAGUGCUGCUGGGGAGAGGGAUAUCUGGGGUGCUUUGCUUAGCUGCUGACCCUGCGACCUGGCCUCGGAUAAGUGGAUGAAAAUGGAUGGAUGGAUGGAUUGUAAUCAAGGAUGUGUCAUCAACAGAUGGCAUUACAUAAUGCACAACAUGAGUAAAGAUUAGUGGCAAGAUGGCUGAUCGCAGUGACUACCUGCAAACUCUUUCUUUCCAACCUGUAGAAUAUGACACUGAUGACAUCACAGUUUGCUCUUCGGGUCAAGGAAAACGUGCAGGUUUUUCUUUCCAACUUAGAGCCAACUCUUCCGGUUCCUUGCCAAUUUAUUUAUUGGUGGAAAUUCUCGAAUGGUUCAAACUUAGGUAUGGGACCCCUAAAGGAACCUGUUCCAUGUUAAAGGGGUAUGAAUGUGUGACGAAGCUGAUCAAGAGGAAACACAGAAUACAGACGUUUUUCAAUGACAGCAUUCAAGCUAAUGUUUUGCAGGUUUAAGCAGUUUUGGACUUCUUUAAAACUUUUUUUAAACUGCAAAGUCAUCUGGAUGAUUAUUCCCCCAGUGACAUGAACUCUGGAGCUGCCUCUCUGUCAGCCUGAGAGACAGACUACUUGUGUAACAGAGAAUGGGUGGACUUGGAAAUAUUUUGUUGUUGUUGUUUAUAAAAAACUAGAAGGAAGGAGAGCUGAUUUGUGUGUUUUGACUGGACAAUAAAUCAAUGCAUCAUCUUAA